UAUACCAAGUGAGGGGAUCAAAACUAACUCCAAAGACAUGGAAGACCAAAGAGGUGAAGAUCAUCUAUCAUCUUGGGUGUUGGGAAAUUCGAUUGUCAUUCAAAUGUCUCUAAGAGCUGCAAUUGAGCUAGACAUCUUCAAUAUUAUUGCCAAUGCAGGUUUUGAAGCUCAACUUUCUGCAGCUGAGAUUGUUGAGAAGAUCCCAACAACCAAUCCGAACGCGGCUAUCACUUUGGACCGGAUACUAAGGCUGCUCAGCGUAAACUCUCUCUUGUCAAUGUCUCAAAGGCCAUGCCAAAGUGGGGAUGAUGCCACACAUCAAGAAAUGUGUUAUGGCCUAACACAGUUAACUCGUCACUCAGCAACUAAUAAGGACGGAGUUUCCUCGGCUUCGAUGGUGCUACUUUUCAGUGAAAGAAUGAUGGUUGAACCCCAAUACAUGCUUAAGAACAUGGUGCUUGAACCAGAGUGCAAGCCUUUCUACUCAAACUAUGGUGAGAAUUUUUAUAAGUACGCAGCAAAGGAGCCAAAGUUCAAUAAACUAUUCCAAGAAUUUAUGACACAUAGCUCAAAACUAUUCUUGGAUGAGGUACUUAAGGUGUAUCGUGGUUUUGAAGAGAUAAAGGAGUUAUUGGAUGUAGGGGGCGGCAUGGGAACUUCUCUUGGGAACAUAAUUUCUAUGUAUCCCCACAUUCAUGGAAAAAACUUUGACUUACCCAAUGUAAUUAGUGUGGCUCCAAGCUCUCAGGUUUGA